AUGUCUCCCUCGAUAAUAAUUUUAUUUUCUACAUUGUUUGGAGUUACAAAUGCUAUACCAUGGGCCGUAGCUAAACAGACAGCUACGUAUAAGGGAGACGAAUGGUCCCCACGACCGACUAAUACGAUCCCAGAGCCCCGUGACCUGUUUAAGAGAGGCUCAUUCGAUGUCGAUAUAUGUGGUUGGAUUGGAGGAAACAAAGCUCAGUCAGUGGGUUGCGCAAGUGGAUCUUCAUGUAUUCACGAUACUUCGUAUGGAGUGAUUGGAUGUUGUCCAACCUCAUCAGCUGGAUCGGACCCGAUUCCCUGUACGGAUGGAUUAUAUACCUCUUGUAUCGAUCAUAAUAGUGCUGGAUAUGCUGCGAAUUCCUUCAUGGUUAACAAUGGCAUCUUAACAUGCCCUUCGAAUUCAAACUGUUACAAGGUUAAUUACCCGGAAAACUACUCACAAUUUGGAUGUGGCCCCUCCACUGCAAACGUCACAGCAGUAACCACUUUUGCUGGUCAAGCGAUAGAUGAUAACCUGCAGAUUGUGUAUACUGGAGUGACUUUCAACCCAACAAUCACAAUUCAAAAUCCUAGUAAUUUUGGAGUAGCCACCUCGUUUCCAUCUUCAACGACUGCAACUCCAACACAGUCAACAGCUUCGGCUACUGCUGGGAAAGGGUCAUUGACCCCUUCAAUCCCAGAAUCAACAGGUUCAGCAGCUGCAGCAUCGAAGGGAAGCACAAAUACUGGGGCGAUAGUCGGUGGAACGAUUGGUGCUCUGAUUGUAAUCAUAGGAGCAUCUAUAGCAGCAUUCUUCCUUAUUCGUAAAAGAGGAAACAAACGAGAAUCAAGCAUUCCUCAGGGUGUCACGUCUCCUCCGCGACCAUCAAAAUCAACCUUUGACGCAGUUCCUAACGCAACGCCAUCUCCACAACCGAUUCGCUCUCCCAUUCCAUUCGGAAAUCAUUCCCCGCCACCUCACGACUAUUCCUCUCAAAUGAGCAGCACCAACAACCUAGGCUAUGCACCUGUUUUUCAAUCUCCUUAUCAUCGACCUACUACACCUGCCGGACAUGACGCACCCGUUGAAGCACCAACUCCUGAUCUUUACGCCCGCAACUUUCGCUCUCCAUCUCCUAUACCAGAUCGAGAUCCAUUCCAACCACCACACUCCGAAAUACUUCCAGAGUCCUAUGACCCGACUCGAACACGUGGCCCACCCUCCUCAGAGCCUUACCAUCCAUCGCAAUCGCCCGAACCUCAGCAUUACUACCCAUCUCAAUCUCCCGAACCUCAAAUAUAUUAUAACUCCUCUUCCCCUGAGCCACAAGCUCUCCGUCCUCGCCCUUCUCGCUCCCCACCACCUGUAAGCACGUCUCCGGCCCCAACCCCAGCUCCAAGCACAAACGCUUACACUCUCCCUCCAACUACCGACCUCCCACCCCUCGAUAUCAUGGAAGAUAUCCAAACCCCCAUCGUCCCCAAAGCCUCCCAAGCAAACUGGCACCUCGCUCUCACAGGAGAUCGACGCACCUACGCCCCCGCCGACGGCCCCUCCACUUCCGCCGACCACCAGCACGAACCCAUGCCCGCCAUGCCCGCCCUCUACGCCGACAUAACAAGCGCCAUAGGCGCCGAAUCCAUGUCACCCCCCGCAGACUCCUUCCUCACACGGCAAAUGUCCGACCCCAACACCCCCGGCACCCGUCGCAAUUUCUCGCGCAAAGGUCGCGCCGAAAAAGAAGGCGCCGAACAUCAAAAUAACAACCAAAAUCAAACCUCAAAUCAAAACGAAGAAACAGAAGAAGAAGCAGCACUAAGCAACAACAUCCGUCAAUCCGGAUGGGUACCCUCCGGUCUCCGCACGAGAAAUAGUCCGUCCCCGCAUUCUGCACCGAGGAUGCCAGAUCGAAGAUCUCCUGUACCAACACCUAUAGCAAGUCAUCCUGAGGCGUCCAUGCAGAGAUACCCGAUCACUGAUUCCCGGGACGAGGAAGUGCGCAUUGCCUAUAAUCCGCAUGCGGGUGUGAAUAUGGGACAUGGUGGACCGCCGCGAGGCAUGGGGAUCGCGAGAAAACCGACGCCGGUGGUUGAUCCGAAUGCUGUGGAGGGGGGGUGGUUGUAG